AUGAUGCUUCUAGGUAGAAAACGCCCACACAACGGCAAACCUAUAACACAAACUGCGAUUGUAGAUACCAAAAGCCAGUUGAAGGAAACGAGAUCCAAGGAGGUCAUGGACAUAUUCAUGCAACAAACUAAACUCACACCUACCGAGAAUAACCUACCCACAGCGAACUUAAGACAGGAUGCCAACAUGUCCUCUUAUAAGACCACCACACUAUCCAAACACUCAGAGGAUGUCCAAUUGAUUUGGUCCCUGGCCAUAGCACUUACUCAAGCAAAUCAAGCAGCCUCCGUCAAGAAAUGGAUGCGUGAUCUUGUUCAGCCAGGCCUCGAGAACCAACUGAAGCGUUCACAGGAACUCUACGUUAAUGAUCCAUUUAUCACCACAUUUGUCUACAUGACAUUUGGACAAACAGACGCAGCGAGUGAAUCAGCACAAGCACAGAACGACUUCAAUUUGGCCAUGUUUAUUAUUCAUUCAGAGACCAAAGAUACCACACAAGUCGUUCAGCAACAGAUUUUGGAUUUCAAGGCAAACGGACAAUGGCAGACAAUGACAGUGUUUCACAAAAAGUGCUGGUAUGCUGUUGCUGGCGAUUUGGGAUACAUGGCAGCCGAUGAUUUCGCGGUGACAGAACGUGUUUAUUGGCAAUGUGCACUGGGCAUGUACAUUUGGUUUGGCACUCGACAUGGCAGCUUUGAUCUGAGUCGAUACAACAAAGCGCUGGAUGACCGCACAAGCUCCAACAUCAAUCAGUUCAAGACAACUAAACACACCGCAGUGCCAGAUGUUCGAUGUCUGUGGUACCAGCUAUUACAGUGGUGGAUAGGCAAUGACAGAGUUGCAAACAUUGACGAAUGGCCAUUGGAUUUAGUGUGGCUGUUGACUUUGUACAAACAACCGAACACAAUGAACGAAACGUACGCCUUGAGAUGGAUUGAGUAUCUGGAGACGCAAGAUAUGGCAGAAUUAGCCAUCUACGCCACAUUUUUUUUGAAGAGGCCAGCAGAAAAGUUGAACCACAUUUUGCGUGAAUGUGAGUGGAGCAACGAAGCCAAACUGAUCAACAGCUACCACAUACCCAGAAAGCAGGUUUACGUUGCCAAAGCACUGAACGCACAUGAUUCCUGGGACUACGAAGGCGAAUUCAGAUGUUUGAUCCAAGGCGGACUAAAGGAACAGGCGAAAAUGGCAUUGUUGCACUUUCUGCUGCCAAAGAUAUAUGAUGAUAGCGACACUGCUUUGACAAAGAGUAUACACUUUCUAUCCGAGAUGCCAAAUCCUGACGAGGACGACGACAUCAAGACAUUGACAGACACAUACAGAGCGCUCCUCACCAAAGACAAUAUGGAGCAUGCUGAGCGCUAUAUUAAAGAGCUACAGCAACUGCAGCAAAAGUAUAAAUCAAAAAAUUUGCACACGCUGUUACAAGGAUUGAUCGAGUCAUUAACGGACCACAUGUAA